AUGGCAGCAUCACUUCUACUGCCGUGGGCUGCCGGGGCGCUACUCAGCUACCUUGUUUACCAAUACUUCAACGAGAGACGCCGGCUGCCCCUACCACCAGGUCCCAAACCGCUCCCCCUUGUUGGCAAUGUGAACGACUUUCCUCCCGCCGAUAUGGCCGAGUACCAGCACUGGGUCAAGCACAAGGGCCUCUAUGGCCCCAUCAGCUCCGUGACCGUGCUUGGCAAGACUCUCAUUCUCAUCAAUGACCAGCAGAUGGCUCAUGACCUCCUCGAGAAGUUCGCCGGCAAGACCUCCGGUCGGCCGAGCAUGGUCUUUGCCAAUGAGUUCUGCGGCUACGACAAGACAGUCAUCAGCCAGGGCAACACCGAGGUCUUCCGCAGGUACCGCAAGCUCAUGCACCGAGAACUCGGCACCAAGGCUGCGGCAGCACAGUAUCACCAGGCCCAGGAGCUCGAGGUGAACCGCCAGCUCGUGCGUGCGCUGAAGGAGCCGGAGAAGUGGCUGCAGCACUUCAAGAUCACGACUGCGGCGACCAUCCUCAAGAUGGCCUAUGGCUACAUUGUCGAGCCGCACGAGCCCGACGUGCUCGUCAGCCUCGUCGACAAGAUGACCACAGAGUUCUCCUUGGCGACUGUGCCCAUGGCCUGGCCGGUCGAUACGAUUCCUCUGCUCCGAUACAUCCCCGAGAACACGCCCGGCGUCACCUUCAAGAAGACGGCGCGCAAGUGGCGCACAUCCAUCCAGGACGCCGGCUGGGUGCCGUAUCGAUUCGUCCAGCGCCAGAUGGACGCCGAUUCGCAAAAGCCUUCGUACGUGUCGAAGCUCGUGCAACAGUGCAAAAACAACGACACGAGCACCCUGUGCCAAGAUGACGAGGAGGCCAUCCUGUGGUCGGCCGCGAGUCUAUACGGCGGCGCCGCGGACACCACCGUCAUCAGCCUGACGGCCUUCACCCUGGCCAUGGCAAAGUUCCCCGAUAUUCAACGCAAAGCCCAGGAAGAAAUCGACCGCGUCAUAGGCACCGAUCGUCUUCCCAACUUUGAGGACCGGGACAGCCUUCCCUACAUCAACGCAGUCAUCAAUGAGACGCUGAGAUGGUGGCCUAUUGCCCCCAUGGGAUUCCCUCACACGGCCAACGAGGAGCUCGAGUACAACGGGUACCGCAUCCCCAAGAACGCCAUCCUCCUCCCGGCUGUGUGGGGGUUCCUCCAUGACCCGAACGUCUACCGGGACCCGCACUCGUUUGAGCCCGAGCGCUUUCUGAGCCCGCGAGACGAGCCAGACCCCACGUCCGACGUGUUUGGGUACGGACGCAGAAUAUGCCCUGGCCGGUUCAUCGCCGACUCAGGUGUCUUCAUCAACGUCGUCCAGUCCUUGGCGGUAUUUGACGUGAGCGCCGUCACAGACUCGAUGGGGGAGUCUGUGGGUAUCGACGCCAAGCCGAUGCCAGGCAUCCUGUGCUACCCUGCUGAGUUCCCCUUCAAGAUCACGCCGAGGAGCGCGGCGCACGUCCAUCUCAUUCGGCGCGCGGAGAAGGACCACCCUUGGGAGGCGAGCGAUGCGCCUCUUCUCGAGACCUAA